CAGAAGCCACAGCCUGUCAUGUCUCCUCCCGGACACGGACAUGUCCACCAGGAAUAAGAUCAACUUCACCUUUAAUGUGCUGGUGUGGAGGAUUGUGGGAGUGGAUUGGCCCACACGUGAUUAAAAUCCGGCGGAGUGCUGCUGGUGUGUCGGUGAGGAGGGAGACGAAGAUGGAGAGCGUGUCUGUCAGCGAAAUACAUUUAGUGGACUAAAAAGCAACUGAUUAUAUCAUUGAGCUCCACAAUCUCCAGGAGAGGCGUGAUGAACGGCGGUAACCAUGGAUCCUCGUCUUCGCUUUGGCGUUUCGAGCCGUGCAGCAAGAUGAUCACGAGAAUUCUGAAUGAAGAAAACAAAGAGGUAAACCAUUAGCUGACCUAACCUCUCUCUGACUCCUCGACCUGUCAGUCUCACACCUCCAGACCUGCAGGGGAAGCACAGCCGCUGAUAAUCACCUGAUGCAACACUUUCAGGAACUGUCAGCGAGAGGAAAUACUUGGCUGUCACAAACCAGAGGUGUCACCAGCUGCAGUGCAACUUAAAAAAGUCAGACUGCAAUUACUGGAGGAGCAUGGGACGUGGAGUUCAAAGCAGUGAGUUGUCUCCUGGAAGUCAGACCCCCAGGCUCAAAUGAGUAGCAGUGGAUUCGGCAGCAGCUCCAGCUUGCUCCAGGGCCGGCGUUUCUACUGCCGGGAAUGGGCCCUGGACAAGCUGCGGCGCUGCCUGGACACCCGCUCCGUGCCAGGGCAGCCACCCGGUUUGCUGGUGACUGGGGGCCCCGGCGCUGGGAAGACAGCGUUGUGCACUGAGGUGGUGUGGCCCACCUCGAAGGCAGGGCUGGCAGUCGGGCUGGCACCGCGCUGCCUGGCUUCUCACUUCUGCCAGCGGGAGGAUCAGAGGAGUACGGUGCUGUGGAGGUUCGUCCUGGGCCUGGUGGAGCAGCUGAGGGCCUCUCCUCUCCUGCCACCUCAGUAUGAGGAGACCCUUAACAGCCCGUCUGUGUCCUCUGCUCUGGAGCCUCUCACCUGUCAAAGAGACCCUGACGACACCUUCAAGAGAGCAGUGCUGGGACCCCUGUUAGACCUUCCUCCACCCGCCCAGACCCUGAUGGUGCUGGUAGACUCCCUGGAUACAGGAGGUGGGAAGAGCGGAUCCAUUGCAGAGCUCCUUGCCGCCAAUCAACAUCUGCUGCCCGGCUGGCUGCUGCUGGUCUGCUCCGUGCGCCGCCACAACAAAGCUGUGUGCAAGAUGUUUUCAGGUUUUCGUAGGCUCUGUCUGGAUGAUCUGCGCAAGCCCCCACCAGUUCGUGACGUCCAGCAGUACAUCCUCUGCCGGCUGGAUGAAGACACGACGCUUCGCCGUCAGCUCACCCCCGACACAGCUGACAUGCUCAAUCUUCUGCACAUUAAAAGUGGUGGCUGUUUCCUCUUCCUCGAGCGUGUCUUGGAUGGUGUGGCAGCUUCACUGGUGGGUCUCCGGGAGAUCCGGGACAUCCCGGGGACUCUGAAUGGCCUCUACCUGUGGCUGUGUCAGAGACUGUUCCCUCGGGGGCUCUUCGUCUAUGUGAGGCCUCUCCUCAACGUCCUCCUGGCUGCUCCGAGGCCCAUCCCGCCCCAACAGCUGUUCACGGCAUCCUGGACACAUGACAACUUGCUCAGCCAACAGGACUUUCAGAACAAGCUUCGAACCCUCGCACCUCUCCUGAUCGAUGGCCCUGGGGACACCAAACUACUCUUCCAUGCCAGUUUUGCUGAGUGGCUGAUGGAUGUAAAGUAUUGCACACAGAGAUAUCUCUGCAGCAGAGCAGAGGGUCACAGCAUGCUUGCCAUGGCUCUGACUUUGCAGGGACCCCACCUGGACAAUGAGGGCACUUGCCAGCUAGCCACACAUUUAGUUUGUUCAGGUCACCAUAAAGAUAACCCCUCAUUAUUGGCACUGUGGAUGCUGUGGGCAGAUGUGUCUGCUCUUACUCCUUGCACCACAUCCGUAACCCAGCCUCCUGUUCUGGUCAGUCAGGAAGUCCAUCAGCUAUUAAUGAAGAGUGGGCUCGUCUCUGCAGCCUGUUUUUCAGACACAGACUCAAGUGUUGGAGUGCACUGUACAGGUGAAGAGGGAACUAGUUUACAACGGUCAUUUGAAAGGGAGGUGUCUGUAAAGAAGCUGCUAGGCAGUGGGAUGUCUGUAAACCAGCCUGCUUCUACAAAUGGACAGACCUUGCUUGCCAGUGCAGCCUACGAGGGUUCUGCAAAUGUAGCCGAACUUCUCCUGUCAUACGGAUCUGAUCCGCUGGUCAGUGAUCAUCAGGGUCAAACACCACUGACUUUGGCUUCUAGACAGGGUCAUGUCAAAGUGUUGUCUGUGCUCCUGGAAUGGACCAAGAGCCAAGAACCAGGAAGUGCAGUACGGAUGAUGGAGCAUGUCGACAGUGAAGGCUGGACAGCACUGCGCUCUGCAGCUUGGGGAGGACACAGUGAGGCUGUCCGGCUUCUACUGGACGCAGGAGCAGAUGUGGAUGGAUGUGACUCUGAGGGCCGUACUGCUCUCAGGGCUGCUGCGUGGGGGGGCCAUGAGGAAAUUGUUCUGACCCUUUUGAACUAUGGGGCACAAGUUGACAAAGCUGACAGCAAGGGCCGCACACCUCUUAUUGCUGCUGCCUACAUGGGACAUCAUGAAGCUGUGGAGAUACUGCUGGACCACAAUGCAGACGUUAACUUAGCUGAUGGGGAUGGGCGCACUGCUCUGUCAGUUGCUGCCCUCUGUGUCCCUACAGCAGCAGGAGUCAAAGGUUACGGUGAGGUAGCGAGUCUGUUACUGGAACGUGGAGCAGAUCCAGGACACAGAGACCAUGAUGGAAUGACACCAUUGCUUCUUGCAGCCUAUGAGGGCCAUGACGACGUUGUUGAGCUUCUGUUAGAAGCUGGAGCUGAUGUAGAUGAGACUGCUGGCCCUGAUGGUAACAUCCCUGCCGCAGCUGCUGUUACUCCCCUGCUAGCAGCUGCAGCAAUGGGCCACAUGAAGACAGUGUCACGGCUGCUUUUCUGGGGAGCAGCUGUGGACGCCAUUGACUGUGAAGGCAGGACGGCGCUCUGCCUUGCAGCAGCAAGAGGCAGCAUUGAUGUUGUCCGCACUCUGCUGGAACGAGGCCUGGACGAGAACCACAAGGAUGACCUCGGCUGGACUCCACUGCACGCUGCUGCUUGUGAAGGCCAUCGGGGUGUGUGCGCUGCUUUGACAGAGCGAGGCAGCAUGGCACGUGUCGGAGAGAUGGACAUUGAAGGGCGGACCCCUCUUAUACUGGCUGCCCAGGAAGGUCAUUGGAGCACUGUCAGGCUGUUGUUGGACAGACGUUCUCCCAUUGACCACAGGUCGUAUGAUGGACAUUCUGCCUUGAGUGCAGCCCUCCUGGAGGGCCAUGCAGAGGUUUCAGAGCUGCUUAUGAGGCGAGGGGCAGAUACUGAUGUCCGGGACGCAGAAGGGAGGCCUCUGCUCUACCUCCUGGUAUUAGAGAAUCGUCUUGAAAAGGCAACUCUUCUCAUAGAGAAAGGAGGGGUGCCUCUGGAGUCACGAGACUCUGAGGGCCGUACAGCACUUCAUGUGGCUUCGUGGCAGGGGUUAAUGGAAAUGGUAGAUCUACUCUUAAAGCAUGGGGCAAACGCCAAUGCACAGGAUGCGGAGGGAAGACCGCCAUUGCAUUCAGUGGCUUGGACAGGACAUGCUGAAGUAGGACGCCGUCUCCUUGAAACAAGUGGUGUCAGUAUAGAUCUAGCUUGUCACCAGAGGGCAACAGCUCUGAGCAUUGCUGCCCAGGAGGGACAUGCAAACAUUGUUGCAAUGCUUCUGGAAAGAGGUGCAAAUCCCAAUCACAUGGAUAAAUAUGGCCGUAGUCCAGUUAAAGUGGCUGCGAAACAUGGACACUUUAACAUUGUCAGGCUCUUGGAGAGCUACGGAGCCAAGCCAUAUGUAGGCCUGUUGCCUAACUCUAGAACCGUCUCUCCUGUAAAACCUAACAAGAUCCUCUCAUCAGGCAUCUUGGAGAGCAAUGGAGGUGACGCAACAGCCACUACCUCCUCCUCUUCAGUAUCGUCUCCCGGCUCCACUGCAGAACGGUUCCACUCGAUACAGAGCUCCCAGACCUCCUCUACCUGCCACUCGCUGGCCACGGUCCAGACAGUGCCAGCUGACAGCCUCAGCUUUAUUCAGCAGAUCCAACAGCACUCACUGCCACGCAGUCGUAGUCGCCCCUCCACCCUCCCUCCACCAGGGAGCUCAGGCAUGGGCAGCCUCCAUGGGAGCAACCGGAGGCAUCCCAAAGGCAGCCCUCCUCCCACUGUUUGCACAGUUGCUGCCAUGGUGCACAACUGCGAACUGCCUCAGAAAGACUUGUCAUCUGGACAUGAACAUCACGACAAAAUGAACAAACAAAACUUAAUAAAAGCAGACAGGACUACUUACGCUGGUGGUAAAUGGAACUCAGUCAUGGCCUCCCUUGGCAUAAUGCCAGGGCAAGACAGCCCUGCAGUAGGUGCUAAAAACAGAGACAAUCCUCCUCUGGGUUAUCCAUAUAGACUACAGAGCCCACUACAAGGGGAUGUUUGGGAUUCUCAUCCCCAGAAGACUAUUUUGUCACCUGCUUGCUACAGUUUUUCCCCAGUCCCACCUUGUAGUGCCUUGCCAGAGGAUGUUAUGGUCACUAUGACAACCACAGACCCGCAGCUUAAUCUGAAACAGGCCAUUAAACUGCAGUUUGAGGGUCCCACUAGCGCAGCCUUAUACAAGAGAGAGACACCUCUGUGACUGGUGCUCCAGUACACAACCAAAGUUACUUACUGCUACACUUUCUUCACAGACCUUUUACUUUGUGUGUGGGUUUAGUGCUAGAACAAUUAGUUCAUCAACAGUAAAUGCAAAGGAGGCAAUUUAUCAAGCAAACUGCCAAAUACUCUCUGGUUACAGCAUCUCCAGUGUGAGGAUUAACUGCUUUUCUUUGUUUUAACACAUCUUAAACUAAUAUAUUAGGGUUUAGUCUAGGUGUGUUAGUUUUGGUUCAUUUUGCUUUCGAUUGCCAGAAGCCCAUUAACCAGAAACUAACAGGUUAAUUUUUAAGAAAUUGACGCAUAUGGUGUGAAGAAACCUUUCUUUUUUGCCUGGAUUUAUACUUUGAACGUCAGCUCUGUGCAGAGCCUAUCCUGCAGCCUACGUGCGUAGACUGCAGAAUAGGCACAUUUAUACUUGUGCAGUGGUGUGUCUGUGUCACUCUGCAGUUACACCGCCAAAACACUAGUCAG